CACUAAAAAUGACGUACAUUUCUUGUAUUCACUUCUUGAUAUUCGCCCACCCACACGUCGAGAUUUGAUAAGAAAAACUAUAAGUCUAGAGUUUGUGUUUAUUCUAAGCACGUUUUGUUACCAUAUCCACCGAGUUCGGCUAUGUAGCGGUCGCCGGAGUAUGUGCGUAAACGCCGUUUCUCUGUGCCAAUUGUUUAGUGAAGUUGUGUGAUUGUGGACGGGCGUGAGCGUGCAGGACAGUUGCAUACAUGUUUUGUAAUUAAACUGUACGCCCACUCCGUAGUCGGCUGUGGUGGUUGCUCAGUGAAGGUGAUGGUAGUGAGCAGAAGUUAGAAUAAGUGUGGAUUGUUGUUAAAAUGUCGCUUCAGAAGAGUGUGAAAAGUGCGGGAGGAGACAGGAGCGAGCAGGGUGAUACGACGUCUAUAUGUUCUUCGGUGACGACGCAGCCGGACAGGCACGGCUUCUUCGGAGGUGCUCAGUACAGUCCAGAACCCAAAAGGACUGUAUCGCCGAGCACGAUACUAAAGCGGGAACAGAAAUGGCUGCGAAUGCUCAACAAUUGGGAGGCCUUCAUGAGCAAGAACUACAAGAAAGUUAGGGAGAGGUGUCGAAAAGGCAUACCAGCGUCAGUUCGUCCUAAAGCCUGGCUAUACCUGUGCGGAGGUCAGCUGCUUCUGGAGAAGCAUCCGAACGAAUACGAGGAGCUGCUACAGGCACCAGGCGACCCCAAGUGCAUGGAGGAUAUCAGGAAAGACCUCCACAGACAGUUCCCUUACCACGAGAUGUUUAUACGAGAAGAGGGGCUGGGGCAACAGGAGCUGUUCUCAGUGCUCAAAGCGUACUCGGUGCUGAACCCGAAAGUGGGGUACUUCCAGGCGCAGGCGCCGGUGGCCGCCUUCCUUCUCAUGCACAUGCCGGCCGUGCAAGCCUUCUGGUGCCUCGUCAGCAUCAGCGAUAAGUACCUCAGCGGCUACUAUAAUCCGGGACUUGAGGUGCUACAACGCGACGGCGACAUCCUCCACGCGCUGCUCCGUCGCACGGCCCCAGCAGUGCACCGGCACCUCGUGAAGCACAAGGUGGAGCCGGUGCUGUACGCCACCGAGUGGUUCCUGUGCGCGCUCACCCGCACGCUGCCCUGGGACAGCCUGCUGCGGGUGUGGGACUGCUUCCUCUGCGAGGGAGUCAAGGUGCUAUUCAAAGCGGCGCUCGUAAUCCUGGCCGGAGCCCUAGGGCCGGCGAAGGUGCGCAAGCGGGCCUGCGGGCUGUGCGAGACGCUAGAGGUGCUCCGCCACCCGCCCGAGCCGGUGCUGGGGGAGGACUACCUGAUGUACCACAUGCAGCGUCUCAACUUGACUGAGGAAGACUUCGAGUUUGAGCACCAGCGUCAGACCGCUAGGCGACGGGCCAUGCCUAAUAGAAGUGGCAGCUGAUUCAGCGACUGUUCCUACAAGCGCUAUUCGAAGAAUAACGCCAGGGAUCUAUUCAAUACAUUGUAAGUGAGACAUAUAGACUCGAGACAGUAGGUACGCCAGUACCAGUGUUUGUGAUAGUGAGCGUUAACCACGCACGACCAAUGACGACUGAGUGGACUAGCGUACGAUAGGAUAAGCUUACCAUCGUAAUAACCGUUCCCGAUAUAACAUCUAUCUUUUCCUAACCAGAGAGGGGACUCUUCACUUGUAAAGGUCUAAUGUCAAAAUUCUAUCUCUAGUUAGAAAAAACAACAGAUUCAAUAUUGGGAGGGGCCGUAAGUCGAGUUUUCAAAUGUACAGGCCUCGUUGACCGGUGUGAGUCUUGUUUUCCGUUUGAAUUAGGAACGCCUUUUUUGAAGACGUCAAUUUGACAGAUCGAUGUCAACGUCAUUAUAUGGCGCGAAAGUUUUUUUUUUUGUUAAAUUAUUGUGACCGUAAAUAAUUCAAUGCUUGGUGAAUGAUAGUUUCGUCAAUUUAGAGUAGACUAAAAAAACAUUUUUUCAAAAGCAAAGCUCAUAUCUUUCAGCGAUUAUUAAAGGUAUUAAUGAAAAUAAGUUUCAUCCAUAAUAUAAAGAGAGUCCCAUAUUGUAUCAUAAUGAUACUUCUAAAAUAGUAGAUUUUCUGUUAGAUUUGAGGUAGUGACAUUAUGAAUAUAGGGUUUUUGUAAAGAGAAAAAUAAAUAAUGUGCUAGUUAAUUAGUCAUUAACGAGGUUGCAUGUAAAUUAUAAUAAUAUGUGAAUACUUAUAAGUACUGAAUUUUGAUUUUCAAUGUAGACACUUUUCUAAGUUGUAUCUACUUUCUAAGUAUAUCUUGAACACUGUGUUUCGGAAGGCAUUUUAAACUGGUCUCCCCAAGGUAUUGGGUUUCCCGGGUAACCGGGUUGAGAAGGUCAGAUAGGCAGUCGCCCCUUGUAAAUCACUGGUACUCAGCUGCAUCAGGUUAGACUGGAAGCCGACACCAAUAUAGUUGGGAAAAGGCUAGGCCGAUGAUGAAUGUGGACUCUGUGAUUUUUUCAACUUUUUUCUGUACUCUACAAUUUCGGAAGAAUCAUUUUAUUCUACUUACACAUUUUUUUAAACGUUUUAUAUUUGAAUGUAGAAAAUUCAGUACUAAUGUUCUAUAUUGUUCAUUUUACUAUAUUAAAUUAAUUGUCAAAUUGUACAUAAACAAUCAUUUGUGAAAUGUUUACGUAAAUUCUUUUAAAAUUGAGUUUUUUUUUAAAUGUUUUUGAUUCUGCAUUCUUUUCUACUAUCAGAGCUACAAAACUGUUGCGAUCUUAUUUUUUUUUAUAUGUGUGAAAGAGACGAACAGCAUCUCCGCUAUCUUUCCUUCCUCCUUGGAUGGGACUUAAAGAAAAGCUAAUCUUUCCUAUGUUAAAAUGUUCAACAAAUAACCAAAAAAUUAAAAUAUAUAUCGUGCAUAUCUAGUACUUUUUUAUUAUAAGUACAUAUUAUUUAUGUAUAUGAAUGAAUAUAGUCGUUCUUUUCUCGAAUCUAUAUUACACCAGACUUUUGAGUGUCUAUUUUUUCACUUAUGUAAGAAUGGAAUGUGUGUAUACUUUUUGUAUACCUUCUAUUGCUUAGUUGGGGUUACACUUAGGCAAAAAUAUUUAUACCAAAAAGUAUUGAAAUUCAAAUUUCGGUCUUACGAAGUUAUAACACACAUUGUAUUAAGCCUGCUUGCUCUAUACUUUUCAACUCUCGGAGAUCCAGAUUCCAUCAUGGCGGAGCGAGUUUUAAAACAACCAAUAGUGUUUCGCUAUUCAAACGUCUCGACUCUGCCCACUCGAAAGAACCAAUGAGCGGAGAAAUUCUAUUGGUUGAUUUAAAAAUGUUCUUUGCUCCACUUUGAAAGUCUAACGCCCAAAAUUCCAUCUAUGUGUGCUAACUCAAGAUAAAAUUGGACAUGAUGUACAGUAAACUGCACAUUAGUGGUAACUGUCAUGCACCUUAACUCAAUAGUAAUAAGUACGAUUUUCCUAUAAAACUAUUACCACUUACCCGAAGUUGACUGUACCUGUAUCGGGUUAAUGCCAAAUUUUAUCUCCAGUUAACAAAUCAACUUGUAGAUAGGAUAUGGGGAUCGGCCGUAAGUCACACAUGUGAGACUUUUGACCUUUUGUUUUUAUCCUACUUGCGAUAAAUGUGAAAGGUUUGUUCCUCAAUCAAGCUUAUAACGAUUUUGAUGAAACUUUUCAGUAAUAUAAAUUACAAAACUUUUUUUCUGAUAUGAAAUGGAGAUGGAACCGUUCGUUCUCCGCUGUCUACUAGUAAGGAUAUAAUAAUGAUAAACUAGUAAUACCCAUAAAUACAGUAUUUGAAAUCUGCCUCAUUUUAUACCGGAGGAAUGGUUUCUUUCCCUAUAGAGUUUUCGUGAGUUGCUUAGCUGUAAAUAUCAUUUAAACUUAUUUAUUUUUUAUCAUAAAAAAAAUAAUUUUAAAGUGUGAUGGCAGCUACUGUGCUCAUUCAUGUAACUGGGGCUUGCUUUUUCAAAAUAAAGAAGCAGAAGAAAUUAUUUUGUUCAGUUUGACAAUUUGAAUAUGAAAUGUCAAAAGAUAAGAUGACUAUCUGUCAAAAAUAAGUCAGAAACGUCAGUAGUAUGAGAUCGAAUAAAAUAAUAAAAAAUAGAAAUAUACGAUUUGGGAACUGCCCCAGUUACAAAUGUAAUAAUUAAUUAAUUAUUAUAAUAUUAGUAGACUAUAACUAGAAUAAAAUUGGACUGUAUAAUAUAAAAAUUGUAAAAAUAAUUCAUAAUACAUUGUGAUAAGAUUCGUAAUGAUUUAAAUUACAUAUCUAAUAAUAAAAAUGUGUAAAAAGUACUUUAAAAUAUUGUUCAAUACAUUGUCAUUGGCAUUAUAUUAAAAUUUAAAAAUUCAGUAGAUAUUUCCGAAAUGCAUUUCUCAAGUGUAUAGUUUUUGUAAUAGAAGUGGAUUGAAUAUUUCUUCUCGAGUUUUUGUAGUAAGGAAUCCUUAUAAAUCAUCAGUCGAAAUAAAAUAUCUAUAAAAAAAAAGCUAAUAUCGAUGUCAUAUAUCUGACAGCGACUGCAAAUGUUGCUGUCGCUUCGAUCCAAAACGGUUUCAUGUAUAAUCAUCGGCACGAAUCUUGAGCGCUGACAUGCGCAGAAGUGAUUUAUUGGGUCCCUUUUGUGCUAUGAAGUGAGGUGCGGGGGCGUCGGUAAAGCGAUGAUUGGCCCGCAGCGCAUCGCGUCAUAGCCGUCACUCGGGAUGGGUUCUUUGCUAAUAAAUCACUUCUGCGCAGGUGAAGGUCAGCGCUCAAGAUUCGUGCCGAUGGUUAUAAAUACAUACAAACCAGUAGUGCAGCUGCGGCCGACUUCAUGCAGUCGCGGCAUUUGUGGUCGGCAGUUGCAGUCGGCAGCUGGCAUUCAAAACGUACCUACCAUUAGAAAUUUUGAUGAGCCGGCAAUUUGAUUCUAUACAUAAAAAUAAAAAUAAAUGAAUGUGGACUAAGUUAGCAAACUUCAAAUAACAAUAAGCUCUUUGAUUUAUCUUUCCUUGGUAUUUUACUCUCUCAAUAAUGUACAUACACCCAAAUUCCCAGUAGUCUUCCUAUUGCAUGUACAAGAAAGUAUAUAGCCAGAGAUACAUAAUUAUGUAUUUUUUAAACUUUUCAACAAUAUUUAAUAGAACUCAUAUUUUACUACUCCAUUACGUUUCAGUCUCAGAGCUAUUGUUUAUUCUUAAAAAAAAAAACAUUUUGAAAAAGAAUCUAUAAAAUAUUUAAUUUAUGUACAGUCGGUGACAGUAAUUUCACUUUUGAAAAAGAAUAUGGAACUAUAAAUAAAAACCAACAUUAAAAUUAAACGCAUUCAUAUAAUUUUUCUGUUUAAAAAUUAACAACUACUUUGAUGACGAUUUUUGCAGAUAUAUAAAUAUUCAAGGCAACUUGAUUUCAAUUCUUUGAUCAAUACUGGCCAUCAUUGUUAAAAACUUUUGUCUCAUUGAAAUAAAAUAUAAACAAAUCUACAACGGUCACUCGUUAAUUCUAAUAAGCAAGGCUAUAUUUUGUUUUUGAUAAUUUAAUAUGGAACUUCAUACCUGUUCUAUCUUAUGAAACGAAAAUCUAUUAUGAAAUAAUUAUUAUAAAAUUGCACACCUAGAUCGAAAUGGGCUUAACCCAAAAAUCAAGUUCUUUCAGUUAUGCGUUCUAGCUGCGUAAAAAAGCAAUUUUCUAGGGUCGAAGGAAUCAGUUCUUUCGUCUUCUCUAAAAAAAAAACAAAUGUUUUUACAAGCUUUUAUUUAACUUGCAAUGUAUGUGUGUUCGGGUGGAAUUUUACAACUCAAUGUUAAGGCAUUUGGCCUCAACCGAUUGAGCUGUGCAUACAUGUUUAGUUGGGAUGACAAUGCAUGUUAAGCUAUGUGACGUCAUCCUGAAUCCAACAUGGCUGAAUAUACAAGAUGGCGGACUAGUUAUUUUUAAGGUACCUAUACAAUAUGGGUAUCAAAUAAAAGGGAUUGACCAGUAGAACACAGUGCACUUUAUUUUAAGUUAACCCUCUUUAGAUCUAGGUGUGCAAUACGAUAAAUUCUUUGUGUUAUAAGCAACUCGACUGCCUGUUACCAAUGUAAUGUAUUGUUAGAGAAAAUAUCGAAUGUAGGCUAUGAUUUAGUUAAUAAGUCCGCGCAAAUGCGUCCCACGGUGCAUAAUGAUUAAUUUUAUUUAUUUGUUACUCGGUGACUGUAAUCUGAUAUGUGUAUCCAAUGGUGUAGUGAAUAACGAACUUUUAGUUUGCAAAUAUUACGCAUUCCCAUCUGAUUUGAAAAAUAUUUCUGCAAUUAAAAAAAAUAUUGUCACUUUCUAUUGGGCAUGUGAAAGGUGCAUGGGCACUUUUGUAUGAAAUGUACACCCGCUUUUCAAAAUUCCUCAAUUUUGAUGAUACCUAUGUUGUAUGAAAGCUCUUGGCGAGCAAUAUACUUCAUUUCAUUGCAGCCAGCGCUAACAUGGUGUAUAAAAUCCUGCUACGGAAUGAAAUAAAGUGCUCGCCAAGACACGACAGAAUUCAUCUCUGUUGGGUAAUGUUAAAAAAAAUGGGUACAAAUUGACGCAUGGUCCUUUAUUUAUAAUUACUAUUAUUUAUAAUAAUGUCGGAUACUAAGUCGAGUUCAUUUCAAGUAUUGCAUAGUAUUAAUGUCGCGAGCUUGAAUUAUCCGAGUUUGUUUGAUGUAAUGUGUUCUUAGAUGAAAGUAAGUUCUGCGUUUUGUGCAAUAAUUUGCUAAAUAAAGACCAAGAGGUGCGUUUAUCGAGCGAACCGAGUACUUUCUGGAAAGUACAAAAAGUUGCACUGAAUUCCAUUAGAGCCUCGCACUGCAAACUUUUUGUCGGCCGAUAGUUUGUUCGGGCUCAUAAAUCCGAGAUGAAUGGUAGUGUGCAACAGGUACUCAGCCGGUACCGACGGACUAAAAAGUUUGAAUGUAUACACGAGUAGGUACAUACUUUUAAAAUAAAUUGUAUGCCGACCGUCGGCCGACAGUUUAGUCACCGGUGUGCGGGGUCUCUUAAUCUGAUUGAAGUAUACCUUCGGUGUCGUGUGUGUGAUUUCCUUUUGUUUAUUAUUUUUCAAUGAAAAUUUUUAUUCAACGUUAUCUACUUAGAUCGUAAUAAUUAUUAUUUUAUUUGUUGUUAUUGCUAGUUUCUAUAUUAUUUAGGAUUAGAUUGUAUAGUCAUCGGUGAAAUGUCUGCUUAUAGGAUAAGUGCGAGAAUACAUUUUUAUGCCUUCAGAUCUUAAACAUACCAUAGUGAUGGUGAAUGUUUGAAAUUCCAUUCAAUUGUUAAUAUUAAUAGAUAAUUUUCAAUUAUUUUCAUUAAUAUUGAAACGUUUUAUAAUUAUUUCGAAUUACAUUAUAACCUAUUAUGUUUGAUGUGUCAAAUGGUCUCGCAAACUCCGCACAGCACAAAUGUAUAUUUUCCUCAUACGGUCGUAAUAUUGUGUUCGUCUACUACACGACGUAUGUUCGUACUCCAACAUUCCGAUUACAGACUGCUAACGUAUAUUCUCCGAGUAUUUUUGUACAGCGGCUGGAGGUUUCAUAUCGCUGAAAUAUUCAAGUUGUAAAUAAAUAUUUAAUAUAAAAUAUAUCUA